CUCCCAUCACGACUGGUGAGAGAGGGAGAGACAGAGGGAGAGAAAGAGAGCGAGAGUCGUUUCUGGCAGCCACCUGAACCACUCGAUAAACUCCUGCUCCUAGCAACCCGCAUCCGCCAGUGAGUGAGGGGGCGAGAGGAAGGGACGGAGAGAGAGUGUCGAGUGAGAGACAGAGAGAGAGAGAGAGAGAGGGACGAUGGUUGUGUGUAUGUAUGUGUGUGUGAGCUACAGGGCUCACACAUAAAGGCAGAGGGUACAUCUCUUCUUCAGACCCAGGCUGUCGUCACGGACAAGGGGAGGCGUCGCCGUAGAGACGGAGGCAGCGGCGGCAGCCUCAACACCCUGGAUCAGCCGUCACCGCAGCAACACAAGCUUUCUUGAGGACGGGAGUCCCAGGGUUCUGCUCCUGUUCUUCUUCUUGUUCUUCUUCUUGUGCCUUGUCUUCUUCUUCCCCUUCUCCUCUUGCUGAUGGAUGGAAUUCUCCUGCUGGCUGGAAGGACAGAGAGGUAUGGGAGGGUGUAGAAAAGAUACUGAAACAGAGCAUGAAAGGAGGAAAGAGCAUGAGUGUAUGCGUGUGCAUGUGUGUGAGUGUCAGACAGAACGAGGUAGUCUGCAACAGUGCUGGCAGGAUGAGGGGUAAGGUGCUCAGUUAUUGCCUCAUUGGAAAAAGAGACAGAAUUAGGCUUCGCUCUGGUUCAGCUGCUAACCAGAGCAGAGAUCAAGUCAGUCGUUCCCGUCUCCACCUGAGCAUGCUGUGUUAGGACACAUUCUACUUUCUGUCUGAGGCCGGGGCAGUGAAAUCUUCUUUUUUCUUGUCUUUAAGCCUGCACUGCCUUCCGUUUGCCAUCCCAGUGCUGAAAAAGUUGGGUAGCUGCUUCUGAAAGAGAUAGAGAUAGAGAAAGAUAGCAAGAUAAGUGAGAUAGUGUAGGUAAAGGUAUGGCAAUGAUAGAUGGGUAUAUAGACAGAAGGGGUAAAAGAAAGAAAGAGGAUGAACCGUUCUCCUUCGUGUCUCCUUAGGUGCCAGGUGACGAGUGAACUGUCCUCUCCUCUCAAUCACCCUCGGGGAACAGAUAUGGGAUUUACCUCCUCUGGCCACUGAAAAAAAGAAAGAAAACAGCAUUUCUCCCGAGGGAAACAAUUUCCAUGUGGACUGGAUGUCAUUCAUUUUUAGAUGGAAUUGAAUUGAAAGCAAGAAUUUGAAGUGUUUUCUAAUGAAUUUGGAAAUCCACAAUUCCAUCACCAUGAGGAGAGGCAUAAGAAGAGAUUUUGGAUCAAGGACAUGCUAAUGGUGCUUAAGGCUGGAGUGGGAUACACACGUCAUUGUCCAAAAAAGUCUUCAUCAUACUCUUCCUCAGAGGGCUCCCAUUAUUCCAUGUACCUGGAUCACACCCUUCAGCACUUUUUUUGGAUUUAAGACAUUUUAAAUGACUCCUACAUUCUCCUGUCUACUGUCCUCUUCCUGCGGAGCUCUUGGACAUCCCACAGUGCUGUGCAGGAGGAGGCUUGUGCCCAGGCCCCACCAGCUUUCCUGGCUCUGCGGGUAUUUUUAAGAUGUUGGUGCCCGCCUGCGUGGCCCGAGCCCGAGAUCGGAUCAGUGAUCGGAUCAGUAGCACUGCGGCUCCUGGUGGCCCCAGACAUGGGCCGCGGCUCGGCCUGCCCCCGUGCUCAGCCCUCCGCCCACCCACCCCUGCUCCGCCUGUGAAGGAUGUCCAAGAGUCGAGCUCCUGCCCAGGAACCCUCUGAGAUCCCCAGCCAGAGAGAGCGCAUCCGCAGCCACAUGAAGAUGGUGAUCGAGCAGCUGGAAGGUAUUCUCAUAGAGCUCAAAGAUGUGGCCAAAGAGCUGCGGGAGGUGGUGGGUCAGAUCGACAAGCUCACAGCGGACUUUGACUUCGACCCAGAGCCAGAUGAAUGGACAGUGGCAACGGCGAGCAGCACGUCGAGUAGUGAACGUGGCCUCACUGAGGCCUUCCGGCUCGACUUCCUCGGCCAUGAUGUGCUUUCCGACGCCUGGGAUUUCUGCGGCUACCGCAAAACGGCUCGGGAAGAAGAUGAGUUGCUGGAAGAGGAAGAGCCGGGGAGCUCCGCCUCGGCCACACCUACCCCCACGGUCAACACAUAUUCGCAGAUGAACGGUGGCCUCCCAAUCCCCAACGGACCUCUGAUGGUCACUCCGGACUCUUCCAGCGAGGAGGCAUCAAGUUCCACGCACAGUCAGAAAACAUCACGCACCUCUGGGACGAGAGAACGAGUUCGCUUCAGCGAUAAGGUCCUCUACCAUGCACUUUGCUGCGACGAUGACGAUGAAGACGAACCAGAGGAGGAGGAAGGAGGAGAGGAUGAAGAUAAAGUGGACUGCGGGAUGCCUGACACAGACAGCGAACCGAGCCCUUUGGCUUCUUCGCCUGUCCCUCCUCUCUCCUCCUCCAAAUGCUCAACCACUCUUCACAAAUGGCGGGAAACCUCUUCAGCGGGGCCAUCACCCGUUAAGAUGGCCAUGCUCGGGCCACAUACUCUGCCUAGGAAGGGUCCAUUAAAACCAGGCAGCAGGAAAAAACUGCUGCGCAACAGCAGCACUCAGACAGUAUCAGACAAAAGCACGCAAACAGUAUUGCCAUACAUCCCAGCGAAACAGAAAAGCAAGGAGCCCUAAGGAGACCUUCAGCAGAAAAAGCAAAGCAAACUGAAUGAAUAUUAGAGUGACUGUAUACUAUUUAAUAUCAAAUACAUAGAUACUAGAUUAAGACACAAAUUAAUAAAUGAAUUACUAAAUAAAUAAAUAAUAUAUGGGAAAACAA